AUGCCGGCAAGGGAGCCAUGGUCCAAGCCGCGACGCCGCGACACGACGCAGCAGGACAAAGCAGCAGGGGCGGCAUCGGGGCAUGAAAGCAGCAGCGUGAGGCUGGAAGGACGUGGUGGUGACAAGCAUAGAGCACAGGCACGGAGCGGCGGUCUCAGCAGACUGACAUCAACAACCGGAGCAGCAGCAGCAGCAGCAGCAACGCCGUCGCGAACCGCAUCUUCGUCGGCAACACCGGGAGCGGGAGGUGUUAGGGUGGGGCAGGCGGCACCGAAUGAUGCAGUGGCAGGAGGGGCAAGGAUAAGACGAGCCACCACUCCCGCGAUGGCGGCGGCCGCGGUUCCCGAGCAGCAGCCCAGCAGCGCCGGCCCCGCUAUCAAUCUCGCCGGCGGCGGUGGCCACCGUUGGCGGGGACUGGCCACGACCCCGGCGGCAGCCGCCGACGCCGAGGGGGCGGGAGAAGAGCUUGCCGGCGACACCGCUAUUGUUGCUCGUAGCGGUGGCACCGGUAGUAGUAGCGUGCGCGGCGGCGGUGCGCUAGCGCCGUCGUGUGACUCGAGCGGUGGUGAUGCUAGCGGUAGCCCGCCACCGCAAGGGGGCGCGGAAGAGGAUAGCCCGUCGGGACCGGGGGUAGCAGCAGAAGCCUCGCCCAGGGGACGGCGUCCGCGGCAGCAGCGGCGGCGGAAACAGCGGCAGACGCAGCCGCCGAACGGCGACGGCGGCAAGAGCGCUGGAGACGGAGGAGGCGGUGACGGUGUCGUCGGCAUCAGCAGCGGUGGUGAUGGUGCAGCAGGUGCAAAAGUGGUGGCUGCCACCGCCGGCGGCGUCCCGAGCUUGAGUUUCGCGGAAAAGUGCCGCGGGGAUCUGAGAAGGCACGCCAAGCGCGGGGAGGGGGAAAAGGCCGUCGCGCUGAUCGCUCGGAUGCGGGAGGCAGGGGUGAUGCCGACGGAAAGGAGCUACACCUCCGCCAUCAACGCCUGCCGGAACGGCACGAGCCAGUGGAAGGAGGCCUUGGAGCUGCUCAAGGAAGCCCAGACCGCGGGGGGCGGCGGGAUCACCCCCAACGCUUUUCACUACACUGGUGUCCUGAGAGCCUGCGCCGACGCCGGUCAGUUGGACCAGAUCCCUCCUCUCAAGUCAGAAAUGGCAAGCCUGGGCAUCUCUCCCGGCCUCUCCUACUACCACGGGGCAAUGGCGGCGGCGAAGGGUGCCGCCCAGGGGUGGAAGACAGUGAAGGAGCUGGUGUCGGAGAUGUCAGAGAAACGAGUGGUCCCGAGUCAGAACACUUACAGGCUUGUCGAUGAGGUGCGAUCUGGCCUCGGUAGUAGUAGCAGCGCCGAGGUGAACAACGGCGGGAUCGGGGUCGACGGCAGCAAGGACGGCGCUUCUGACGGCGGCGAUGUUGAGGCAGAGCGGCUGGUGUCGAUGCUGCGAGGGAUAGACGGAGCACCGCCGCCGGCGACCACAAAGACCGAGGGGCGGGAACGGGCGAAACGGCGUCCGAAAACGCCGCCGCAACCGGCAGCGACAGCGGAGGUGGAGGCGGAGGAGGAGGAGGAGGAGGAGGAGGAGGAGGCCCGCGGCGGUGGAGCAGCAGCAGCAGCAGCAGCAACCCGGAGGAAAAAGCCGCGGUCUAAGAGGGAAGCGGGAUCACGGCCAGCCCUGGGCAGCCUGCAGGCGUGCAACAGAGACUUGAGGCGGUACGCCGAUCGCGGGGCCGGGGAUGCGGCGGCCGAGCUCAUCGGCCGGAUGCGGAAGGACGGCGUGCAGCCGACGGCCAAGAGCUACACCUCCGCCAUAAACGCGUGCAAGAACGGCGGCCAGUGGGAGCGCGCCCUGGCCCUGCUGAGGGAGGCGCCGGAGAGCGGCGUCGCGCUCAACGCGUUCCACUUCGUGGCGGCGAUCAAGGCCUGCGGGAGUGCGCACCAGUGGGACCAGGUGGCCGCCCUGGUUUCGGAGAUGAGCAGCCGGGAAAUCUCCCCCAACGUUGAGUUCUACAACUGGGCGAUCAAGGCGGCGGCGUCGCCAAAGACGGGCGGCGAGAUUCGGGCGAGCAUGACCCGCGGGGGCGGGUGGAGGGCGGUGGAGCAGCAUGUCGAUGACGCCAAAAGCAACAGCAGCGCCGGCGGCGGCGACGGCGGCGACGGCGGCAAUGAUUCGAAGCCGGCGGCGCCCUCCGCAGGAGAGGCAGCGGCAGCCCUGCUGCGAGAGAUGUCCGAGAAGGGCGUGGCCCCCGACUCGAUCACCUACACGCUGGUCAUGACGGCCUGUCGGGUGGACGGUGAGCCGGAGAGAGCCCUGGCCGUGCUGCGAGAGAUGCAAAAGCUCGCCUCGGAGACGGAGGCGGAGGCUGAUGUCGGACCGGUCGCGGAGACGGUGCAAGAAGAAGCCGGGGUGGGGGGAGAAGGGGGAGACCGGGAGGUAGGGAAGGGGAGCAGCCACGACGGUGCUAACGACAGCGGAGCCUCCGGUUCUCCCGCCGUUCCCUCGCCUCAUCCUCCCCGUCGUCGUCGGCGGCGGCGGCGGCGGCGGGAGGGGGGGGCUGGUGCUGGUGGUGUCGUAGUCCCCAACGUUAUCCACUACUCUUCCGUCAUGUCGGCCUUCGCGGACCACCCGGGGGGCUGGAAGCACGUCCUGCGGCUCAUGAAGGAAAUGGAGAUGGAGAAUAGAUAA